AUGUCCACCCAUGACAACGCGGACUCUCAAGAUUCCGAGGCACCAUCCACCAAAAUGGACUCGCCCACCGUCAACGGCCACGCCCACAGCUCUACCAAACAGAAUGGCCAUCCCCCACGCUCCUCCCGCUCACCUCUCCCCCCUCUCAAAAAAGAACCCUCAACCGACGCCAACACACCCAUCCCCAGUCCCGGGCGAACGCCAACCUCCGAUCCAGGCGCAAUCAAGGCCGACCCCGAGAUGAAGUCCGAAACCGUGGGCGGCGAGAUCCUGGUCAAGCAAGAACCGGGUCAACCGCCCAAGCUGUCGCGCAGCUCUUCGCAGAAGAUCGUGGCCCGGCCGCCGCAGCUGUUUUCGCAUUUCCCGGAUAGUACGGCUGAUGCGCUGGCUACUUUCGAGCAGAUUGAGGGUUGCGAGUAUGCGAAUAAGUACAUGGGGUAUACGGAGCAUGCGAUGGAGUGUGACUGUGCUGAGGAGUGGGACUCCGAAGCCGGCCAAAAUUCAGCAUGUGGCGAAGACUCGGACUGCAUCAAUCGUGCAACCAAGAUUGAGUGCGUGGGCGACUGCGGCUGUGGACCGGACUGUCGGAAUCAGCGAUUUCAAAAGAAGCAAUACGCGCCAGUCGCCGUCAUCAAGACCGAGAAGAAGGGGUUUGGACUUCGUGCAGAGAUCGACCUGGAUCCGCACCAGCUGAUCUUUGAAUAUGUCGGCGAGGUGGUUGGGGAAGCGCAGUUCCGGCGUCGGAUGAGGCAAUACGAUGAGGAGGGCAUCAAACAUUUUUAUUUCAUGUCCUUGAACAAGGGCGAGUUUGUGGAUGCUACGAAACGGGGAAAUCUGGGCCGUUUCUGCAAUCAUUCGUGCAAUCCCAACUGUUAUGUCGACAAGUGGGUGGUGGGCGAAAAAUUGCGCAUGGGCAUUUUCGCCGAGCGUGCAGUACGUGCAGGCGAGGAGCUUGUCUUCAACUACAACGUUGAUCGGUACGGUGCCGAUCCGCAGCCAUGCUACUGCGGCGAGCAAAAUUGUACAGGAUUCAUCGGUGGACGCACGCAGACCGAGCGGGCAACUAAGCUUUCCAAUGCGACCAUUGAAGCCUUGGGAAUUGACGAGGCAGAUGGCUGGGACACGGUGGUGGCCCGGCGACCCCGCAAGAAGAAGAUGGAAGAAGCCGACGAAGAGUACGUGGACAGCGUGCAGCCCAAGUCUCUGGGUGAGGAUGGCGUGACCAAGGUCAUGGCCGCGCUUAUGCAGUGCCAGGAGAAGUGGAUUGCCGUCAAGCUGCUGGGCCGUAUUCAACGAUGCCAGGACGAGCGUGUGCGCAAUCGAGUCGUCAAGAUGCACGGCUAUCAAAUUCUCAACUCGCAGCUGGCCAUGUGGAAAGAGGAUCACAAUGUGGUCAUGCAGAUUCUGGAUAUUCUGGAUCAAUUCCCGCGGUUGACGAGAAACAAGAUUAUUGAUUCGAAGAUCGAGUCGAAUAUUCAGCCAUUGACGACAUGUGAUGAUGAGCGCGUGGCGAGCAACGCUGUGGCUUUGCUGGCAAGCUGGGCCAACCUGGAGGUGGGAUAUCGCAUUCCGCGGAUGAAGAGAGGCGAUCAACAAGCCAAGCCGGCUGUUAAUCAAUUCGAGCGUCGCGAGUCGGGGCGAGAGCAGCAGCAGCAGCGAUCUGUUAGUCGCUCCCCGGAGCCUGUGGAGCUGCAACCCCGAGGAGGGCAUGGCGUCGGUGGUCAGCCACGACGAGACCGGAACGUACAUCACCAUUUAGGUGGACCUGGUGCUGGUGGAGCAGGCGGGCGGUCACGCCGGGACCGUCGACAUGAUGCUCGCAAUCGUCAGCCUCUGCCUGAGGGUUGGUUUACCGCGGAGGCCGACGGAGGUCGAGUGUACUAUUACUCGGCAUCUGGCGAGACGACAUGGACACGGCCAACUGCACCAGCUCCAUCUGCCGCGCCAGCCGCCAACAAGCGCAAUCAGGCGCUGCAGAGCAUCAUCGAUGGGAUCAUGAACUCGCAGGACAAGACCCCGUCUGAGCAGAAGAGUGCAACACCCGGGACGCCACAGGCUUCGUCUGAUGCACACCCGGAGAAGAAAAAGAAGGAGGCGGAUUGGUGGAAGAAGCUUUCCUUGGAGAAGCAGAAGAAGCUUUACGAGAAUACGCUGCACCCUACUAUCAAGCAUGUGGUGGAUCAAUUCAAGCAUAAGCUCCCAAAAGACGACUUGAAGCGUUUCGCCAAAGAGACGGCCAAAAAGCUUGUGGAAGGCGAUUACAAACACGGCCGCGUCACCGACCCAACCAAGAUCAGCGAGAAACAUCAAAAGACCGUCAAAAGCUACUGCAAAUCCUUCUUCGAAAAAGCCGCCACAAAGCACAAGGAGCGCGAAGCCCGUAAAGCCGCAAAACAAGUCCCCACCACCACUACCACCGACUCCAAACACGACAGUACACCCGCCGACGACCCAGACGUCAAAAUGUCCGAUGAUGAACACGACCCCGUCACACAUCCACAUCCAGACCCUGAUGCCAGCGGUGAACCAGAACCACCCACACCCAUGGACGAGAGCUCCACACUCAAGCGUAAACGUGACGAGGAUGCGAUUACACCUGGUGUAGAUACCCAUCCUACCUCUGAAAUUGACAGUUCACCCUCCAAACGUCAAAAAUCGACUCCUCCACCCCCUCCACCGCCGCCCCCGCCUAUGGAUGGUCCUGCUGAUGCAGAUGACCCUGAGACAUCUGUCUCGCCACCUUCAGCCUCGGAGCCUAAGAAGGAUUUCCCUGGUCAGGGCAGGACUGGCACUGAUACUGAUGUUGAUGUCGAUAUCGAGAUGGGUGAUAUCCAAUCCCGACCUGCUGUGCUUCGUGUCCAGGGACAAGUAUAG